GUCAGCCCGCUGCAGUAAGCCUGAGCAAGCACGUUAGUAGUUUAUCUUAUCUGCGCUCAUCUCCGGCCGGUACCUGCUGGCUGACUGACACGCUGGACUUUCUGUUCUCUUCAAAGAAAUCACCGAUGAUGUGGUUUUUAUUAAGAGCCUCGAUACUUUCCCUACUUUCACUGGUGUGUCUGGGGUCGGCCGACAGACCCCUUGCAUCUGCGAAACAAGGUGACCUGCAGGGCGUUUGGCAAACGUCAGCCAAAGGUCUCAAAUAUGCAGCGUUUAUGGGAAUUCCCUACGCCGAGCCACCUGUUGGCUCUUUGAGAUUCGAGCCCCCGAAACCGGCAGAAGCCUGGGAUGGAGUUUUGGACGCUGGAGAUUUCGGAUCGCACUGCAUUUCUUAUGAGCAUGUUUUGGGUCAAACGCCAAGGGAUCCCAUCAGCGGGGAAGAAGACUGUCUCUUUUUAAAUGUUUUCACUCCAAAAUUACCCGAUGAAAACACCAAAGAGGAUGAUUUGAUGCAUGUCAUCAUCUUCUUUCACGGGGGUGCUUUCAUGUUCGGCGCGAGCAAUUACCAUGGCGCGAAAUAUCUCAUGGACAAGAACCUUGUACUCGUUACCUUGAACUACCGAGUCGGACCACUUGGUUUUCUGAGUUUUGAGGAUAAAUUUCUUCCUGGAAACAACGGUUUGAGAGAUCAGGUGUUAGCAAUGAGAUGGGUACAGGAUAACAUUAAUUUCUUUGGUGGCAACAAAUAUUAUGUCACUCUAAUGGGACUCUCUGCUGGUGGCGCGAGCGUGCACUAUCAACUAAUGAACCACCAUACCUCAAGAUUGUUCUACGGUGCGAUUUCCAUCAGUGGAACGGCAACUUGUCCGUGGGCGCUAGUGGACAAUGCAAAGGAAAGAGCGACUACGUACGCCAACAGUUUGGGAUGCGAUACUUCAAAUGGCACAACGGAGACAGUAAAAUGCCUGAAGAAAAAGCCGGCUGAAGACCUAAUGAAGGCCGUCGAGCAAUUUUUGGUUUGGCAGUACUCUCCGUUUACUCCGUUUGGUCCAGUGGUUGAAAGUGACCGUUCGCCAGAUUACGAUGAGGUUCUUUACGCUUCCCCGACUGAAAUCAUGCUUUCUGGAAGACAAAAACGGUUGCGUUGGAUGAUCGGUACGGUCGAUUCUGAAGGCCUGUAUCCGGUUGCGAAUUUCAUAAAUAACGAGGAAGAAUUGAAAAGACUUGACGAGGAAUUUGAUGAGCUGGUUCCUUUCUUGCUCGACUUUAAUCACACAGUGAAACCGUCAGACCGACUUGAGGUCACCAGGAAAAUCAGAAAAGAGUAUUUUGGCGAUAAGAAGAUCAGCAAGGAAACAACAAAAGAGUUGAUUAAGAUGGUGUCUGACCGACUUUACUUGGUGGACGCCCAAAAAGCGGCAGAAAUGCAGAGCCAGUUUGCACCCAUUUAUUUCUACAGACUCACGCGUCGACCCUCAAAGAGUUUGAGUGAUCUUAUGACAGGAACCACUAAUAACUAUGGCACGAGUCAUGCAGAUGAUUUCUUCUAUCUCAUGAACAUGACUUUCUAUGAGGAUUAUGAGAGAACUGGAGAAGAGCUGAGAUUCAUGGAAAUGAUGCUAGAUUUGGUUUCUCAGUUUGCAUCACUUGGAAAUCUACCCGAAUAUGAGGGAGUGAAGUGGAACUGGGUCGACGUUGAUGCUGAUUUUAACUAUUUGCACAUGGAUAAAGUUCCCCCGCAUAUGGCGUACGACAACGAUAUUGGCAACGCAGAUUUUUGGUUAUCACUCCCAAUUGACGAGUGGACCCAAAGACCAAAAGAAAAGAGAAGAUAUUUAAGAAACAAGGAGGAUGAAAUGAGAUCAAGAGAUGAGCUGUAAAUUUUAAUGGAAAUAAAUAUGGCUGUUUUCUAAUUUU